AUGAAGAUUUUGAUAAUGGUUGAUUUUGUCCUUGCAGCUAGCUUGAUGGAUGCCACUGGCAGCUCUGAUCCACAGAACUGUUUUCAAGAGCAGAUACGACUUCAGGGCCAGGUGAGGCUUCUGGAACAUCGUGUGAAACAGCAGCAGUUAAAAAUUAUACAACUUUUAGAGAAGAAAGAGAUUCAGUACAGUGACAGAGGAGAUGAAAAGAGUGUCAUUGACUUGGGAGGAAAAAGACAGUAUUCAGAUUGUGCAGAAAUCUACAAUGACGGCCAUAAGCAAAGUGGAUUUUAUAAGCUGAAACCUAUCCAGAGUCCUACUGAAUUCCUUGCCUUCUGUGACAUGUCUGAAGGGGGUGGUUGGACUGUUUUUCAGAGACGUUCUGAUGGCAGCCAGAAUUUUAAUAGAGUCUGGACUGACUAUGAAGAAGGCUUUGGAAAUUUUGUUUUGACAAAUGGUGAAUAUUGGCUUGGAAAUAAAAACCUUCAUUAUUUGACUAAUCAAGGGAACUAUACUUUAAGAAUUGAUCUAACUGAUUUUGAAGGGGAACGGCGUUUUGCACAAUAUGCAAGAUUCGGAGUUGCAGGUGAAGAGCAUUCUUAUGAGAUGAGCUGUGGUGAAUACUCUGGCACAGCUGGUGAUUCCCUCACUGGUGGAUUUCAUCCUGAAGUAAAAUGGUGGGCUGAUCAUCGAGGAAUGAAAUUCAGUACUAGAGACAGGGACAAUGACAACUAUGAAGGGAACUGUGCUGAAGAGGAGAAGGCUGGCUGGUGGUUUAACAGGUGUCACUCUGCCAACUUGAACGGUUUGUACUACAAAGGCCCCUACACUGCGAAGACCGACAACGGGAUUGUUUGGUACACUUGGCACGGGUGGUGGUAUUCUCUGAAAUCCGUGGUCAUGAAGGUCAGACCUGCAGACUUUGAACCUAAUACUGUUUAAGUGUUUUAUUAAGAUGAUGUAUCUAGUUAAUCUUCUAGCAAAUCAAUCUAAAUUAAAACAGAUGGGCA